GGUUCUGGCCACGCCGGGCAACCACUUUCACCGACGACUGCAAACGGAAUCUGCGUGAAGCGGACUUGUUUAUUUAGCAUUGGCCCGCCUCAAACCAUUCGCCCUCCCGAAGCAACACCCGCCACUUUUGAUCUCGUCCGCAUGCGCACUUCCGAGUAACAGGCCCGGUUUCCCGAGUGCAGCACGUCGCUCGGCCAACAUGGAGCCAGUUCCCGAAACAGAGCGGAUGGAGGAGUUUCGACCGUCGCCACUUCCCAGUUUGAGACCGCCCGGAACUGCGGCUCUCGGGACUGCCGAAUCCGACGUUUUAAGGAAGCCUCCCACCAUCCGCCGAUCGACCGAGCCGCCGCUGCCGUCUCCCAUCUCGACCUCGUGGAUGCCGCCCGCCGCUCUCCCUUACCGACCCCGCGCAUCCUCGCCGUUGUCUAGUAACCACGCCAGGUCGCGGUCGGCAGCGAGCUUAGCGCCCCCCAUGGCCCGCACUCAAUCCAUGCCGAGCACGAUGACCACUGGCCACCUGCUUUACUCCCCUCAGUUACGCCCGCAGAGCCCCUCCGGAUCCCCGGGCCGGAUCCGCAUUCCGCGGAAGCCGGUCGAUGAGGUCUUCCCUUCCUCGCCGACCCGAGUCUCUGUCCUCGACCCUGAGAGGAGAUCAACAGAGAGGAGCAGCUCGCCAAACCUCAGCUUGAGCAUGGCGCCAGCUGCCACAUUGCAAAAGGUGCGGCGACCGUCGUCUCCGCUCUGCCAGGUCGCCCACGCCAGCACCGGCUCAGUCCCCGUCGCGGCCCCGGCCACGCCCUCUUCUUCUUCGCUUGCUAUUUCGCCAUCGUACCGACAAUACGAUUCCUUCUCGGGCAGCUACGGCUACUCUGCAGCAUACCCGUCAUCGUCAGUACCUUCUACACCCACCUCAGCCAGGUCCAGGAGCCCCAGUAUUUCGAGUCUCGAGACUAUCCCGGAUUCACCGGACGCCGAAGAGGCCGCUCUCGAGGCCGAGAGGAUAGCCCAGCUGAAAGCUGCGGUGGACGCUGCCGAGGGCGCCGACGUAAAGGGGAGGAGCAGUCUGGAUGUGCCGACCAGGGGCCGGACACUGAGCGGCUUCAGCUCCAGGGAUAAGCGGAAGCGGUGGAGCGUGUGCGGUGCAGAGCGGCGACAGGAUCUAGACUUGGAGACGAUAUGGGAGGACUGAUAUCCAGCUCCGGACAUACAUACCACCAAGGGUAAAGUUCGACAAGAGGGCGGACGGGCAUAUUUCGGGAGAUGCAUCCUCGGGGCGGCUGUUGUCCAUUCGCAGACAUGUUGGCUUUUUCUUCUCCCUUUUUUUCGUCCCUUUUUCCGCCUUCUUCAUCCGGGCAUUAUGACAAGAGUCAUCAUUGGCAGGCGUUCCGUGGAUUUUGUCGCUU